ACAGAUCACUCAAUCAUAACAUAACCUAUAUUGAAACCGCUUUGUCAUACAUUUUCAUAAUAUUUACGUUCUUCACAUUUAAAUCUAUUGUGUCAUUCGAUUUGGUUCACAAAUCCAUACUCGAACAUGGCAGACAAUCCCUUUGGAUGGGAUUUACUCUUCGAAAGUAUAAAACAUGACUUACGAAACAACCAAGAUCUUCUGUUGGGAUUAGUGCACUACACUCUCGUUUCUAGUGGCUUUAAAUGUAUUGGUCUGGGAGAAUCAAAGGUUCUAAAUGGUGAUGAAAUUAAAAGUGAAACUUUGCCUGACGGUUGGACCGACAACUAUGCAAUGAGAUAUAUUUAUCAAGGUGUCUUAUACAAUAUGAAAGGUACUAACUUAGAUGAUGCUAUUAUGGUAAAUCUAAUUAGAACUGAUGAAAGAAGUGUAUCUUUUGUACAAUUAAACACUAGAUCAGUACUGAAACGUUCAGGUCCUUUGAAUGAAAUGAUACCCGAUUACCUUGCUAUGAUUGAUGUAAUCAAAAAACAAUUAAUAGACAAAGUCAUUAUAUCUAAGAAAAGCAGAGAUGGUUCAACUCAAACAAAUCCUACUACUUCACAGCGAUGGCAACAAAGUAUUGCUUCUAAUUCUCCAAAUCAUUCCCAAAAUGCUAUGUAUGAUAACAGGGAAUACAGAGAAUCUUUUGGCCAAUUCUUGGACCCUGUUGGUAGAAAUGAUUUGGAUCCAUUUGGUGCAGAUCCUCUGAGGAUAGGUCGUCCUAAUCGUCCAAGUGGAGGAGGGAUGCUCUUUCAACCUCCAGGAUUUGGUCCUACUCAUCCCUUACAACCAGGUCUGCCACCUGGUGCAUUACCUCCUGGUGCUAGGUUUGACCCUUUCAGACCUCCAGAUACAGAUCGUUGGGCUGGUAGAAGACCAAAUCGUCCUGAUAAUGAUGAAUUUAUGCCACCAGGAUAUGAUGAUAUGUUUAUGUAAUGGAAUAUUGCAUAUUUGCAAUGUGAAAUGAUUCUACCAAUAAAAAUUAUAUUAUUUUUCAAUGUAUGUUCGCACAUACUCUUGGAUUAUCUUUAUUAACUACUCAAUUGAGUAUUAUUUGAUUUGGUUUGGAUGUUAAGCAUUUUAUAGGUAGAAGAAUUAAGAUUCAAAAAACUUCCAUUGCACACUGUAUUUUCUGAAUAACAGGAAACAUUUUUAAUGUAUGCCUAAUUCUAGUGUUGAUAAAUUUUGUAAUAAAUAUCUUAUGUUGAA